CGCUCCUUCCCCGUGGCCCCGGGGCCCUAGAGGGUGGCGCACGAUGACCGGCGCCCAGGCGCUCAUCCUGGCGCUCACCUUUCAGCUCUGCGCGCUGGAAAGCGAGACUCCCACAGCUGGCUGCUCUUUCGACGAGGAUGGAGACCCAGUGGCACCAUGUGAAUAUAGUCAGGCCCAGUAUGAUGAUUUCCAGUGGGAGCAAGUGCGAAAUGAUGCUGGCCCCCGCUUCCCGCCAGACCUGCCUCAUGGUUCAUACCUGAUGGUCAACUCUUCCCAGCAUGGUGCUGGUCAGCGGGCCCAUGUGGUCUUCCAGAGCCUGAGUGAGAAUGACACCCACUGCUUACACUUCAGCUACUUCCUGUAUAACCGGGAUGGGCACAGUCCUGGGGCCCUGGGAGUCUAUGUGCGUGUCAAUGGAGGCCCCUUGGGCAGUGCCGUAUGGAACAUGUCUGGCUCUCAUGGCCGUCAGUGGCACCAGGCUGAACUGGCGGUCAGCACCUUCUGGCCCAAUGAGUACCAGGUGCUGUUUGAGGCCAUCAUCUCUGCUGACCGCCGAGGCUACAUGGGCCUGGAUGACAUUCUGCUCUUCAGCUAUCCAUGCGCAAAGGCCCCUCACUUCUCCCGUCUGGGCGAUGUGGAGGUCAACGCAGGCCAGAAUGCCACUUUCCAGUGCAUGGCAGCGGGGCGGGCCUCGGAGGCUGAGCAGUUUCUGCUGCAGCGCCAGGGUGGUUUGAUGGUCCCCGCUGCCUCCGUGAAGCACAUCAGUCACCACCGCUUCCUGGCCACGUUCCAGCUGCCCGAAGUAGGGCGGGGGGAGCAGGAUCUCUAUCGCUGUGUGUCCCAGGCACCACGGGGCGCAGGAGUCUCCAACUUUGCAGAGCUUAUUGUUAAGGAGCCCCCCACACCGAUCGCACCUCCCCAGUUGCUCCGGGCUGGCUCCACCUACCUCAUCAUUCAGCUCAACACCAACUCCAUCAUUGGUGAUGGCCCCAUUGUGCGCAAGGAGAUUGAAUACCGCAUGUCUCGGGGCCCAUGGGCAGAGGUGCAUGCGGUUAGCAUGCAGACCUACAAGCUGUGGCACCUUGACCCCGACACUGAGUAUGAGAUCAGCGUGUUACUCACCCGGCCUGGUGAAGGGGGCACUGGAAAGCCUGGCCCUGCGCUCAUCAGCAGGACCAAGUGUGCAGAGCCCAUGAGAGCUCCCAAGGGUCUUGCCUUCUCUGAGAUCCAGUCUCGUCAGCUGACCCUCCAGUGGGAGCCCCUUGGCUACAAUGUCACCCGCUGCCACACCUACACCGUGUCCUUGUGCUACCGCUACACCGUGGGCAGCAGCCACAACCAGACUUUUCGGGAGUGCGUGAAGAUGGAACGGGGCACCAACCGCUAUACCAUCAAAAACCUGCUGCCCUACAGGAACAUCCAUGUGCGGCUCAUCCUGGCCAACCCCGAGGGAAGGAAAGAGGGCAAGGAGGUCAUCUUCCAGACGGAUGAAGAUGUUCCUGGAGGAAUCUCAGCAGAGUCACUGACCUUCACCCCUCUGGAGGACAUGAUCUUUCUGAAGUGGGAAGAACCCCUGGAGCCAAAUGGCCUCAUCACCCAAUAUGAGAUCAGCUAUCAAAGCAUUGAGUCAUCAGAUCCUGCAGUGAAUGUGCCUGGCCCCAGACGCACAGUGUCCAAGCUCAGAAAUGAGACCUACCAUGUGUUCUCCAACCUGCAUCCGGGUACCACAUACCUGUUCUCUGUGAGGGCAAAGACCGGCAAGGGCUUUGGCCAGACGGCGCUCACUGAGAUCACCACCAACAUCUCCGCUCCGAGCUUUGACUAUGGGGACAUGCCAUCCCCACUGGGGGAGUCGGAGAGCACUAUCACAGUGCUGCUGAGGCCAGCGCAAGGACGUGGAGCCCCCAUCAGUGUUUACCAGGUGAUAGUGGAAGAGGACCGUGCCCGGAGAAUGAAGCGGGAGCCUGGGGCUCAGGACUGCUUCCCAGUGCCAUUGACCUUUGAUGCUGCCCUUGCCCGGGGCGCGGUACAUUAUUUUGGGGCAGAGCUGCCAGCCAGCAGCCUCUUGGAGGCCACACCUUUCACUGUGGGCGACAACCAGACAUACCGAGGCUAUUGGAAUCCCCCCCUGGAGCCCAAGAAGGCAUAUCUCAUCUACUUCCAGGCCACAAGCCACUUGAAGGGGGAAACCCGGCUGAACUGUAUUCGGAUAGCUCGCAAAGCUGCCUGCAAGGAAAGUAAGCGGCCCCUGGAGGUAUCCCAGCACUCAGAGGAGAUGGGCCUGAUUCUAGGUGUCUGCGCUGGGGGUCUUGUGGUCCUCAUUAUCCUCUUGGGGGCCAUCAUUAUCAUCAUUCGCAAAGGGAAGCCGGUCAACAUGGCCAAGGCCACCAUCAACUACCGCCAUGAGAAGACCCACAUGAUGAGUGCUGUGGACCGCAGCUUCACAGAUCAGAGCACGCUACAAGAGGACGAGCGCCUAGGCCUCUCCUUCAUGGAUGCCCAUAGCUACAGUACUCGGGGGGACCAGCGAAGCAGCGUGGUCAAUGAGUCGAGCAGCCUGCUGGGAGGCUCCCCCCGGCGUCCCUGUGGCCGGAAGGGCUCCCCGUACCACACAGGACAGAUGCACCCGGCUGUUCGAGUGGCUGAUUUGCUGCAGCACAUCAACCAGAUGAAGACAGCCGAGGGUUAUGGCUUCAAGCAGGAGUAUGAAAGCUUCUUUGAAGGCUGGGAUGCCAGCAAGAAGAAGGACAAGACCAAGAGCAGAACGGAACCCAUCCCCCCUUACGAUCGGCACCGAGUGAAGCUGCAUCCGCUUCUGGGAGACCCCAACGCAGACUACAUCAAUGCCAACUACAUCGAUGGCUACCACAGAUCAAACCACUUCAUAGCUACUCAAGGACCCAGGCAGGAGAUGGUGUAUGACUUCUGGAGAAUGGUGUGGCAGGAACAUUGCUCCAGCAUCGUCAUGAUCACCAAGCUGGUGGAAGUGGGACGGGUGAAGUGUUCCCGCUACUGGCCUGAUGACUCAGAGACGUAUGGAGACAUCAAGGUCACUCUGGUGAAAACAGAGACCCUGGCAGAGUAUGCAGUCCGUACUUUUACCAUGGAGAGGAGAGGCUACUCAGCCCGCCACGAGGUACAACAGUUCCAUUUUACUGCGUGGCCAGAGCAUGGCGUCCCUUACCAUGCCACGGGGCUGCUGGCCUUCAUCCGCCGUGUCAAGGCCUCCACUCCACCUGAUGCUGGGCCCAUCGUCAUCCACUGCAGCCCCAGGAUGGCUACCUCCCUCCUCCCUCCCAUUUCCAGUUCUCCUGCCAGUGGCCUGAGACAGGAUGUGGCUGGCUAUCUCCCCAGUGCAGGCACCGGCCGGACAGGCUGCUACAUUGUUCUUGAUGUGAUGCUGGAUAUGGCUGAAUGUGAGGGCGUUGUAGACAUCUACAACUGUGUCAAGACACUUUGCUCUCGCCGAAUCAACAUGAUCCAGACGGAGGAACAGUAUGUCUUCAUCCAUGAUGCAAUCCUGGAGGCCUGCCUGUGUGGGGAAACUACUAUCCCUGUCAGUGAAUUUAAGGCCACCUAUAAAGAGAUGAUCCGAAUUGAUCCCCAGAGUAACUCCUCCCAGCUGAGGGAUGAAUUUCAGACCCUGAAUUCAGUGACACCCCCAUUAGAUAUGGAGGAAUGUAGCAUCGCCCUCCUUCCCAGGAACCGGGAGAAGAACAGGAGCAUGGAUGUCCUGCCCCCUGACCGCUGCUUGCCUUUCCUCAUCUCCACCGAUGGGGACCCCAACAACUACAUCAAUGCAGCUUUAACUGAUAGUUACACCCAGAGUGCGGCCUUCAUUGUAACCCUGCACCCGCUGCAGAGCACGACCCCUGACUUCUGGCGCCUGGUCUAUGAUUACGGCUGCACUUCCAUCGUCAUGCUCAAUCAGCUGAAUCAGUCCAAUUCUGCCUGGCCCUGUCCCCAGUAUUGGCCAGAGCCUGGUCGCCAGCAGUACGGCCCUAUGGACGUGGAGUUUGUGUCUGGCACAGCAGACGAUGACCUCAUCGCUCGCCUCUUCCGAGUUCAGAAUCUUACUCGGCUGCAGGAAGGACAUCUGCUGGUACGACACUUUCAGUUUCUGCGCUGGUCCGCGUACCGGGACACACCUGACUCCAAGAAGGCCUUCCUGCACUUGCUGGCCGAGGUGGAGAAAUGGCAGGCUGAGAGUGGGGAGGGGCGGACCAUCGUGCAUUGCCUGAAUGGAGGUGGUCGCAGUGGCACCUUCUGCGCCUCCACCACGGUCCUGGAGAUGAUUCGCUGCCAUAACCUGGUGGAUGUUUUCUUUGCUGCCAAGAUGUUGCGUAACUACAAGCCCAACAUGGUGGAAACUCUGGAGCAGUACCAUUUCUGCUAUGAUGUGGCCCUGGAAUACCUGGAAUCAUUGGAGACCAGAUAGCGUGAGACGUGCUAAGUCUUGGAGGGGAGGGGGCUCAUCCCCCAGGGGCUGGCCCUCCCAUCACCUGCCGUCCCACCUACAAGUGAGAACCGUGACAUGAGGGGAUGACCUGCUCGCCCAUUUGCCUGCCCUAGGUCACCCUGGCUCUGACACCAUCCUGUCCCCUCCCCUCUUAGGCAUAGCUCCCAUUCAGUGGCCCUUGGAGGAGUGUGAGGGGGAGGCCCUGUAGAUAGGAUGUGGCACUAUGCUGAACUGGGGUUUUCUCUAGGUCAGUCCUGGUACCUGGGAAGGUUUUAGGGACCAAAUGGAGGGGGCAGCUGGGGAUGGGGCCUCCCAGCUCCAUUCUGGCUCACAUGGGCUUAGGAAAAGGCCUUCAGGGCUGUUAGGAUGGGACCGCAGAGCAAAGAGUGGGCAUACCAGGAUGGCUUUUUCAGAUCCCGGAGGGGAUAGGGGUUUGUUAGCUACGGCUACUUUGCCCUGAGAUCGAGUCUUUGAGCCCACGAUGGAGCCGGGCAGCCCUUGACUGAGAGAGAAUUUAGAUCAUCAGGAAAGGGCCUUGGAGAGGUUGUAGCUGUCUGAGUCCUUCUGGGCUGGGGAGUACAAAGGGAAGAAGACUGAUUUAAGGCUGGUGAAUGGGUGGGGCUCGGGAGUCUAGCCAGGGAGUCUGUUCGGAGGAGACAGUCCUAGCUGUGACUUCCCAGUCAGGGGUAGUAGUACCCAUUGGUCUUUUCUACCAGGGACUUGGCGGGCUGUAAUGAGUGAGUGCUAACCUUUUCCUUGUGUCUGAGAGGUCACACCCUCUCCUCCUUGACCUCCAGUGACCAGUCAGCCCAUCUGGCACUGAUCUACCCCCUUCACCCACCCAGGCCAGUUUAUUUCAUUGGGUUGCUCAUCUCCUGCAUCCCCCAGAAUGCUUUUUCAUGACCCAAGUGGUACUGGCCCUCUAGCCCCAAACUCUUCUCUGAACCAGAUGCCAGAUGCCAGAUGCCUGAACCAGGGGGUGCCGAGAGCUCCCCAACCAGUUUCCCCUCACCCCACUAUCCCCAGCCCACCGUGUUCUGAGAAUGAAACUGAUUCAUUACCCUCUCCUCGCUCCUCCUUCACUCAGAGUUUCGUCCUCGCUGGCCUAGCCAGGCCCAGCCCAGGCGCGUGACAAUCUGUAAAGCUGAACUAUAGACCACCAUGGGGAAUGGGGAGUCCGUGGACCCCUGGUGGGUGCCUCCUGAGGGUAGAGGGAAACACCAGCGUGUGCUGGAGCACCAGAACAUUGGUGUUUACUUGCAUGUCUGGGUGACUCCAGGAGCAAGGAUGCAUAUGUUUCUUUUCUUUUCUUUUGCGGAUGGGGCAAGAAAGAUCUUUUCACAAUGGGGCAGGCCACAUCCCCAUUCUGUGCCUCAGUUUUCCCAUCUGUAAACUGUAGAUAUGACUUACUGACCUACCUCGCAAGGGGCUGUGGGGAGUCACAAGCUGAUGUUUGUAAAUCGCUUUGUAAAUAAAAGAGCUCUCUGAAUGCCAUGGAUUGGA